UUUACUUCUAGCAAUCUGAUUUGUAAUCGAAUUGGAAGCAGUGAUAUAAACUGACUUUAGAAAAAGUUCCCUAGACUAAUGCAAUUUAUGAAACGUGUCCUCGGAGCAAUCCGAUCAAAUCCGAUUAGCUCAUGACGAGUAGAGAAGGACGUGGUUUAUUUACUUGUGAUUUACAUUUCAAAUCAUAUUAAUACGAAUCAGGCAAAAUAUAUAGAUACUUGAAAAUCAGUAUGGCAUGUGAACAAGAGGAAAACCUAUGUGAACAGGAUCAAUACGUGCUCGAUUCUCAGCAAGAAAUUGAAAGAGGAGAAAAUGGUGGAAUCUUAGUUACAGAUAAAAUUAGUGGAUUACUGUUUGAACUGCCGCUUUCGCCGAAGGUUAUGGAAUAUUUUGAUAUUUGUGUAACAGAUAAAAGUGAAACAUUACCAGAGAAAGCAACUGAAGUUAAUGCCUCAUCUGUUUGGAACGAUAAAAGCGUGAAACUGUUAUUUAGUUUGUAUGAAGAUUAUCAAGAUGAGUUUAAAAGCACUGCAAUAAAAAAUGAUACAGUGUGGGACAAAAUUAAAGUACAAAUGAAUAUUAGUGGAAAUUAUAAUGUUACCAGAACACAAAUUAAAGAUAAGUAGACAAAUGUAAGGAAAGCCUACAUGAGAAUAAAAGAUCAUAAUAAAAGGACAGGAGUUACACCUAAAACAUGCCGAUAUUACAAUGAAAUGGAUUGCUUAUAUGGAGACAAACCAAAUGUGAAUCCGGUUAAAGUUGUGUCAAAUAUGAGACUUGAGGCUGAAGAUGAAAAUACAUCAUCUGCAGAAAACAGUGCAGUAGAUAAUAAUUAACCAAAGAAACAAAAGAAGACUAAGAUUGAACGACAUUUAUCUUCCUGGACAGAAAACUUUAUCGAGUAUAGGAAAGAACGAGACAACUAUCAGGAACAGCGUAAUGCAGAAAAAAUAAUUGCAAUAGAAAACGCAACAAAAACUUUUCGCGAGAACACAACACGCCAAAAUAGUUUCGGGAAUCAAAUCUACUGGACUUAUAU